CAUCUUCUUGCCCCGCUUGGAUGAAGACUUCUGCCGGUCUGGAUGUCCUCUUCUGCCCCAUCGGAUGAAGACUUCGGCCCGCUGGGUGAAGACACGACACGGCCAGAGCACUGAGAAAUAUCAGGUAUUAAUGUAACUGGAUUGAAUAAGGGAACCUUCUUCCUGAGCACAGACAUUGGAGCCGGUUAUCAGCAUGAACUCAUAUGUGUUAGACAAACACGUGAAUAGUUCAUAUCCAUCCUUCACUACAGAAAGCAUCAGAAUGAUUCCGCAAACUCCAAUAGUCUUAGACACCAAUGACUAUUCACAAACAUUGGGGAUAUCACAAAAGAUAUUAAAAGACUAUGGUGAAUUGGCAGGAACUGCGCAGCAAUCAUUAUGUACAGAGAGUAAUUUAGUCAUCAAACAAGAGGACACGAUUUACGACUUAUCUAGUGAAAUGAUUAUCCCAGAUGAUAAACCACACAUAUUUACUGAGUUUUCAAAACAUAGCAAAGAAGGGAAAAGUCUACAGUCUAGCCAAAUGAUUCAUACAAAGGAGAAACCUUUCAAAUAUACAAAAUGUGAGAAAAGCUUUAGAUGGAAGUCUCCUACAAACUACAAAAUUCACACAGGUGAGAAACCACACACGUGUACUGAGUGCGGCAAAUGUUUUACACGAAUGGAUGUUCUGAAAACUCAUAAAAAGAUUCACACAGGAGAAAAGCCUUUCACAUGUACAGAGUGUGGAAAACGUUUUACACAAAAGAGUGAUCUGAAAAUUCAUGAAAGGAUUCACACAGGAGAAAAGCCUUUCACAUGUACAGAGUGUGGAAAAAGUUUUACACAAAAGAGUGAUCUGAAAAUUCAUGAAAGGAUUCACACAGGAGAAAGGCCUUUCACAUGUGCAGAGUGUGGAAAAUGUUAUACACAAAUUAAUUGUCUUAAAAAGCAUGAAAGGAGUCACACAGGAGAAAAGCCUUUCACGUGUACAGAGUGUGGGAAAUGUUUUACAGUAAAGAGUAAGCUGAAAACUCAUGAAAGGAUUCACACAGGAGAAAAGCCUUUCACAUGCACAGAGUGUGGAAAAAGUUUUACACAAAUGGAUCAUCUGAAAAAGCAUGAAAGGAUUCACACAGGUGAAAAGCCUUUCACAUGUUCAGAGUGUGGAAACAGUUUUACACAAAGGUGUGAUCUGAAAAUGCAUGAAAGGAUUCACACAGGAGAAAAGCCUUUCACAUGUACAAAGUGUGGAAAAAGUUUUACACAUAAGUGUAAUCUGAAAACUCAUGAAAGGAGUCACACAGGUGAAAAGCCUUUCACAUGUUCAGAGUGUGGAAAAUGUUUUACACAAAGGUGUGAUCUGAAAAGGCAUGAAAGGAUUCACACAGGAGAAAAGCCUUUCACAUGUACAAAGUGUGGAAAAGGUUUUACACGAAUAUCCAUACAAUUGAGAAAUCACUGGUCUAUUCACACAGGAGAAAAGCCUUUCACGUGUACAGAGUGUGGAAAAUGGUUUACACAUAAGAGUAAUCUGAAAAAACAUAAAAUGAUUCACACAGGAGAAAAGCCUUUCACCUGCACAGAGUGUGGAAAAAGUUUUACACGAAUGGAUCAUCUGAAAAAACAUGAAAGGAUUCACACAGGAGAAAAGCCUUUCACAUGUACAGAGUGUGGAAAAUGUUUUUCAGUUAAGAGUAAUCUGAAAAAACAUGAAAUGAUUCACACAGGAGAAAAGCCUUUCACAUGUACAGAGUGUGGAAAAAGUUUUACACAAAAGAUUGAGCUGAAAACUCAUGAAAGGAUUCACACAGGAGAAAAGCCUUUCACAUGUACAGAGUGUGGAAAAUGUUUUACACAAAAGCGUGAUCUGAAUACUCAUGAAAGGAUUCACACAGGAGAAAAGCCGUUCACAUGUAUAGAGUGUGGUAAAAGUUUUGCAGAAAAAAGUUAUCUGAAAACUCAUGAAAGGAUUCACACAGGAGAAAAGCCUUUCACAUGUACAGUGUGUGGGAAAUGUUUUAAACAAAUGUAUCAUCUGAAAAAGCAUGAAAGGAUUCACACAGGAGAAAAGCCUUUCACUUGUACACAGUGUGGAAAAUGUUUUACAGAAAAGAGUCAUCUGAAAAAGCAUGAAAGGAUUCACACAGGAGAAAAACCUUUCACAUGUACAGUGUGUGGAAAACGUUUUACACAAAUAAAUAGUCUGAAAAGUCAUGAAAGGAUUCACACAGGAGAAAAGCCUUUCACAUGUACAGAGUGUGGAAAACGUUUUACACACAUGAUUUUUCUGAAAACUCAUGAAAGGAUUCACACAGGAGAAAAACCUUUCACAUGUAAAGAGUGUGGGAAAAGUUUUACACAAAUAAAUAGUCUGAAAAGUCAUGAAAGGAUUCACACAGGAGAAAAGCCUUUCACAUGUACAGAGUGUGGAAAAAGUUUUACACAAAAGAGUUAUCUGAAAAUUCAUGAAAGGAUUCACACAGGAGAAAAGCCUUUCACAUGUACAGAGUGUGGAAAAAGUUUUACACAAAAGAGUAGUCUGAAAACUCAUGAAAUGAUUCACACAGUAGAAAAACCUUUCACAUGUUUGGAAAAUGGAAAGAAAGUUUUUAUUGAAAUCAGGAAUCACAAAACACCAAAUAUUUACACAAAUAAACUUUAUAUACAUAGUGUACAAACCUUUUUACUAUUAUCCUAAAGAGGACAAACUCUUUAAAUAGAAGCAUCAAAAAGGAUCCUAUUGUAAAUAAUACUUUCUAAAUCCCAGUUAUAAAAGUCCCAGAUUGGAAGUGCUCUCCUGCUGUCCUUUGUUCCUCUAUAUAUAUAUAUAUGUGCACCUCAGUUUCUCUCAUAUCAAUGUGAUGGAAUACAAACACCAUACAGGAAUAUACAGAUAUGUCCCCAUACUGACCAGUUUACACAACCAUUCACCACCAAAGCACCCCCAGUGUUGUUUAUUAAUAUGCCAGUGUUAGGAGUUGUACGUUUGUUUUAUAUAGAGGAGAAAAUAAUUACAUUUACAGAAUAAAGAGUCUUUAUUUGAAUAGAGUGUUAGAGAAUUAUAUAAACAAGAACAUCAGUCUCAAAUGAUUGACAUCUGGGAGAUAUAUGUAAUGUGCACAUCAUGUGGAUAAACCUUUUCUUAUAGCAAUAGAUGCUUAGCAUUGUACAUGUUAUAUACCAGAGGAAUUACUGAGGGGAAACUGAUUUUAUUUCAUGAGAGAUAAACAUAAUCAGUUUAAUUUAAAUGGCUACAAUAACCUACAUGUAUACUGGGUAUGCAAUAUGUGUAGAAAGUCCAAAUUGUACCAGCACUCCAGCGUAUAAAAUAUAUAUAUUGCAAGUCACCCAUGGGCCACUGUCCCAAGCCCUAGAUAUAAUAUAAAACAAACUCAAGUGACAGCAAAUCUAUGUCUUAUUUAUUCAUAUAAGGAGACAAACAGGCAACGUUUAUCAAUGGCAUGAGUAAUGUUCUGUAACUUGAUAUUAUGUCUGUUAGAUGAUUUCAUGUCAGUUAGAAGCCACAAGAACUGAUAAUAGCACAUACUGUAUAUAUAAAGGGAACAUUAUAUGUCUGAUAAAUCCCUUUGUAUCAAGAGCACAAGUGUUAGGUAUAUUUAUACCAUUGUGUGCAUAUAUCAUGUAAUGCUGCUGUUUACUAUAUAAUGAUAUACAAUGUUUUUUUCAUGCAAAUAAAAAGUAAUUGUAAUCCA